CCUCGCCAGCACCAGCGGCCAGUGACUAGUUUUCAUCUGCUGUCAAUCAAGCUCCGCUCCGGAAGGCGGAACGUGGUUGUUUCGCCCGGGUCCCGUUCGAAUUUGGAACGCAGAAGCAGCACUGCAGUCGGCUCACCAGAGUGAUGGCAUAUCUACCAAAACUUUUCAAGUACAUAGAUGACAAUCAAGAAUCGUACGUAAAACGCCUUGCAGAAUGGGUGGCAAUACAGAGCGUAUCCGGGUUGCCGGAGAAGAGAAGCGAAACCAUAAAAAUGGUGAAAUUCGUUGGCAAAGAGAUAGAAAAACUGGGUGGUUCAAUAGAGCUGACUGACAAUGGUCAGCAAAAGCUGCCAGAUGGAACAGAGAUUCCCUAUCCUCCAAUCCUAUUGGCCACGCUUGGCUACGACGCAUCCAAGAAAACCUUGUGCAUCUACGGACAUCUGGAUGUCCAGCCUGCUGAGAUUGAGGAUGGAUGGGAUACUGACCCCUUCACUUUGGUGGAAAAAGAUGGAAAGCUAUAUGGAAGGGGCUCCACUGAUGACAAAGGACCAGUGUUGGCAUGGCUAAACUGUAUUGAAGCUCUUCAAAAAUUAAAGCAGGACAUUCCAGUUAAUAUCAAGUUCUGCUUGGAAGGAAUGGAGGAGUCUGGGUCACAUGGUCUUGAUGACUUGGUCUAUAGCCGCAAAGACACAUUCUUCAAGGACGUGGAUUUUGUCUGUAUUUCCGAUAACUACUGGCUUGGCAAGAAGAAGCCCUGUAUAACAUAUGGUCUCCGUGGUAACAGUUACUUCUUACUGGAGGUUGAAUGCUCAGACAAGGAUCUACACUCUGGUGUGUUUGGUGGUACAGUGCAUGAAGCAAUGACGGACCUGAUUUAUUUACUGGGCAAGCUGGUGGACAGAAAGGGAAAGAUCCUUAUUCCUGGUAUUGAUAAAUCAGUGGCACCAGUUACAGACGAGGAAAGGAAAUUGUAUGAUAAAAUAGACUUUGAUAUUGCAGAGUACUGCAAGGAUGUGGGCACCAGUCAUCUGUUGCACACCACAAAGGAACAAAUUCUGAUGCACCGAUGGAGAUAUCCAUCCUUGUCAUUACAUGGAAUUGAAGGGGCUUUUUCUGGUACAGGAGCUAAAACUGUCAUUCCCAGGAAAGUUAUUGGCAAGUUUUCUAUUCGAUUGGUGCCAAACAUGGAUCCAGAAGUGGUUCAGAAGCAGGUUGUGGAUUAUGUCCAAAAGGUAUUUUCUGAGUAUGGAAGCCCAAACAAGAUGAAGGUGUACAUGCUUCAUGGUUCCAAGCCCUGGCUAGCAGACUGCAACCACCCACACUAUACUGCUGGCAGGGCUGCAAUGAAAAGAGUAUUUGGAGUUGAACCAGAUAUGACCAGAGAAGGUGGCAGCAUUCCCGUUACCUUGACAUUCCAGGAAGCUACAGGAAAGACUGUCAUGUUGCUGCCUAUUGGAGCUUCAGAUGAUGGUGCUCACUCCCAGAAUGAGAAGAUCAACCGAAGCAACUAUAUUCAAGGCACCAAGGUGCUGGGUGCUUACUUCCAUGAACUUUCCUCAUUGAAGUGACAACAGUCUGGAUUGAUAGAAUUGCUGAAGUGCUUUCCAAAACUCUGCAUCCAACAAGAUUCCCUUUAUCACAGUGUGCAGAGACAUAAUGGGGAACAGUGGUGUUAUUGAUAAAGUUCGAUGGGUGUAUAAUUCAAAUGUAAAUAAUAAAGAUCAGCUUUAUUUCUUGAUUGCAAUGUUAAUUUUAUACUUACUGUACAACCAAUCCUUGUGGAGCAUAGAACAAUGUGAUGACUUCUGCCUGGAGAGUUGGUGGAAGCAGAUUCUACACUAUCUUCCAUAGAGCUAUUGUAUACGUACUUAAAGCUAAAACAUUGAAGGCCAGUGGGACUAAUUAGGCAGCUCCCAUCAAAAAUUGUCUGAAUGCCCUCUUCCUAAAGUCUUCAUUCUCUGCUUCAAUAAAAAUAUAAUUGAAUCCAAUAA